AUGUUAAUUCCAUUAUUGAUAGCUAUAAGUCUAGCAAGAAAUCUUACAAUAUUACCAACAGUGAAUGAAUUAUGGAUCAAUGAUCUUAAAGAUAUAUUUGGAAGUAUUGAUAACCCAAGUUAUGAAUUGACACCAUUAGAUUCACCAUUUGUAAUAGUGGAUAGUAUAAAUCUUAUGGGUAUCAAAAUAAUAUCAAAUAGGUUUUACAAAUCAUAUAAUGAAUGAAUAACCAAAAAGUUUUGUAAGCAAUAACAAAUUUACAUAAUUUGCAGUCCUAGAUUUAUAGAAUAUAGUGUAUUGGACUAAAUAGUAUAUAUAAUUUGGUUAAAAUUUAGGACUUUACCAGUAGACACACCUCAAUUCUUGGGUAAAAUUUAAUUAAAUGAAACUUGUUAUAAUCUUGACUUCAUUGAUGAUAACACUCUAAUAAUAGAUUGUCUAGAUUCAAAAUAAUUUAAUUAGUUUACUUUUUUAUAAUUAGGUUCUAGUACAAAACAAACUAAACUAGUAGAUAGAAACAUUAUUAAUCAAUCUUUAAUAACCUUUAGAAAAAUUAAUGUCCUCGAUGAUGAUUGUGUAUUACUUGGAUAAUCGAGUGUAAAUCUAUCUUAUAUAGAUGUAUAUGAUUUGAAUUCUAUGAAUAAUACAGGCUAUUAAUUAAAUACAACUAUUAUUAGUAAAAUAGCCUAAAUAAAAGAUAAAUAAUAUCAAUUUAGAUUGGUUGAUUUCAAGUCUAAAUUUGGUCUUAUUUAUGUUCUUGAUGAGUCAAGACUAAUGAUUUUAUCAUAUCAAGAAGAAUGGAAAUUACAUCUUUAAAUUUAAUUGAUAGCCAAAGGUGUAGCUUUUGAUGUAAAAAUAGUAUCAGAUUUUAAUGGAAAUGAAAAAUUUGAAUUUGUAGUACUCACUCAAAAUGGAAAAUUGUAUUACUAUAAUGAUUUUGCAAAUUCUCCUAUUGAAAUGAAUAUUGUAGGCUAAAGUAUAUAAAUAUCAAACUAAUAUAUACUGGUUCAAUAAGAUCAAAAUCUAUUAUAAAUUAAUAUUAAUGAUAAACAAAUUGUUAAAUCUAAAAUAUGGAAUUAAAACAAAUUUUUAGUAUCAGGUCUAUAUUCUACUUUGAUUGAAGUAGAGAAAACAUUCACUAAGAGAUAUAUAUUAAGUAAUGGUUAUAUUUAGGGAUAAUCUAAAUCCACAAUAUAUAAUUAAUCUUAAAUAACAUUAAAAGCAACAUACAUUGAUACCUUAUAAAAAUAAUAAAUAUAAAUUUCUAGAAUAUCUUAUUAGUUUUUGAACAAUACAGAUUAAAAUCUUUAUUAAAUAAACACUCCAAGCUUAUUUGAGAAUGCUAUAUAAGGUAAUAUAUAUUAUGAAAAUCUGAAUCCAUUUCUGUCUGGGCCAAAUCAAAAAUAUUCUUCAGAAUCAGGAUCUAGUGAUUUAAUUUUAAAUUUCUAUAGAUAAAUAGAAUAAUUACAAGAAUUAUUCCCUACAGAUAUUGUAUUUCAAGAAACAAUUGCUAUAGAUUAGAAUUAAGCAAUAUUGAUAUUUUAAAGGAGAAAUUUAACUUUGUAAUUAUGGGGUUGUAAUUUUAUUGUACCAAAGAGUGGAUGUGCACCUUAAACUAUUUGGUUAAAUAUUGAUGUUGAAUUAACAAAAAAUACAUUUUCUGUUUGGAGUUUUGAAAAAGAUUUUUAUUUUGCAUUUACAAGUAAAUCAAACGAAGUUUAGAUAUGGGAAAUAGCACCAGAAAAGAUUCAACGUAUUCAAAAUAUUAAGAAUAAAAAUGAUGCUGUGAUUUAAAUUUUAGGAGUACAUAAAAACUUGUAUAUAUUAUUAGAAAAAGGAGAAAUAGAAGUUUAUGAAUUAGGAUUAUUAGUGGAAAAGAUAAUUCCAGCUGAACCUGCUUUAUAGAUUUUUAAUAAUCCUUAUCAUAGCAAUUAAAUUAUAAUAGUAAAAACCAAGACAACCCUUAUUGUUUAUCGAUUUAAUUUUAUAGGUUAGGUAAUAGAAUACUUUUAAAAUUAUAACUCAGAUAUAUAUGUUUCUAUAUAUGAUCAAUCAUUUAUUGUAGUGAAUUCAACAAUGAUACAAGAAUAUCUAAUGACAUCCUCAUAAAUUAAAUUAACUAAAUAAUUACCAUUAUAUGAAUAUAAAAUAAUUAAUCCAAAUUAUGCAUUUCAGUCUAAACACAAUGGAUUAUUAUUCAUUCCAUGUGAAUUAAAUGAAAAAAUUAGUUUUUUAAUUUACUAACCCUAAGUAUUAGCUCGUGAUGCUUUAAUUUCAGUUAUAAAUACUAAUAUAUAAGGAGAUCUUAAAAAUUUUAUUAUAUCAGUUGAUGGAUUCUAAACAUCUUUAUUCUUCUACUAAUAUUAAAAAUAAAAUAGUUUCUAUUAAGUUUUGAAGAGAACUCAAGCAAAUUCAAUAUUCAAAUCUACUGAGAAAUUUGUAGACUAUUGUUAAACAAUAGAUUAAACUUUUACAGUUUCCAAUUCUUUUGACUAAUAAGAUUUUACAACUAAAUUAACAGUUCUAAAUAGAAUGGAUAAUAUUACUAUUAUAGAUACAAAUUUAUAGGAAAUUCUUUUAGAUGAAAAUAACUCAACUAAUUAUUUAUCUUUAGGAGGCAAUUGGUACAAAGGAUAAGUAGUAAAUAUUAAAGCUGAGUGUAAUUAAUGUCCUUCAGAAAUUGUUCUAAAUGAACCUAUAUAUCCUUUAACUUAUAAUUUUCUAGAUAAUGCAAGAAUUAUAACUUAAUUUGAUGAAGAUCAUUAAGUUGUAGUUAAUAAAAAUGAACUUUUAAUUAUUGGAUCAAAUCUAAAUCAAACACUCAAAUUAUCAUUAUAAUAAGAAUAUUAAACUAUAGCUAUUCAUCCUAAAUAAAAAUAUAUGAUUUUAGCAGCCAAUGAUGACAAGAAUACAAAUCUACUCAUGAUAUCUUGUAAAAAUAUAAAUUCUUGUUCUUAAUUGUAAACUAAAACUAUAUAACUAACUGCUGCUAACUAAAUGUAAAUUAUUUAAGAAGACUACUUAUUUAUUAGUACUGCAUAAGAAUUAGUUAUAUAUCACAUUACACAGAUUGAGAAUUCAUGGACUAUUGAGUAGAAAUCUUCAAUUAAUAUAACCACAUACUCACCUUGUAAAGGCAUCAAUUAUUUUAUACUAUAAUAAAUCGAAACUGAUAAUGGAUCAGAUUAUUCUGUUACUUUAUUAGAUUCAACAAAUCAAAUUUUAUUCUUAUUUUAUAGAUUCAAAAAUGGAUCAUUAACAUUAGUUAAUUCUGGAAUUCGUAAUUUAUAUGAUGAGAUUCUCAAUCAAGCAUAGUAUGUAUAACAAGACACUAAAUUUAUUUAAUUAUUGUCAUAUUCUCAAAUCUUUAAAACUAUAACAUAAUUUAUUUAUAUUAAGAUGAUUUUGAUAACUAAUAAUGUUGCAUCAUAUGGAAUUAAAUUUGAAUUUAAUUUAAAUUAUGACUAUUAAGGUAGUCAAAUUUAAUUUAUUGUUAAUCAAUACGGUGAUUGGACUACCCUUGCUGCAGGAUCCAUUAAGUCUAACAAAUUAUGUAUUCCUUACUCUAAUGGAUUUAAUUCAGUAAUAUUAUUUUACAAUAUUCCAACCCAAUCUUAAUCUAUCAUUAAACCUUCAACAAUCACAUCUAUAUCAGGCAUUCAUAGCAAUGUUUUACCUUACAAUACUCCUCUUGUUGUUUAUGUUUUUAACACAGAAAAUUAAUAAUACUAUUUAUUAACUAACUUGUAACGAUAUCAAGAUAAGAUAUGUGUCAAUCUAUAUUCACUAAAUGAUUAACCUAUACUUGCUAUUACUAAUACAGUUUCAUUAGAUCUUCAAUAGUAAAUAACUAUUUUUGUUACAAAUGAUUUCAGUAGUGCUUCUAAAUAAUUUACUUUAAAAUCACUUUAUGUACCAUUCUAAAAUUCUGUAAAGUAACUUAUUUUAUAUAUUUUCUAGUAUCGGAUGGAUUAUAACAGUUAUUGUCUUCGCAAGUUUGCUAGUUUUUAUAAUUUUAUUUUAUAUGAUACGAAGAAGAGCUAUUCGUCUAUCAUUUUAGAACUAUUAAGCCAUGGAAGAAUUUCAAUUAAGGAACAUUUGAUUCAUUU